AUGGAUGACCGAGACGGGCUUGAACAACAAUAUUUUGAAGCGAGAAAAUCAACUAUGAAGAACACGAAUAGUAAAAAAACUGCAAAAUCUGAAAGUCGAAUUAAAUCGAAAUUAGAAUUUAUCAAAAAAUUACCUCAUUCAGUACUAUCAAAUAGUACAAUGGAAAAGGCACGAGCAUUUUUUCGCUCGACAGAACUUAAACAUAAUCAUAUUAUCAAUAAUAAUGAACAAAUGUUAUCAGCAAAUCAACAACAUAAUACUGUUAAUACUCUUUCUUCUUCUUCUUUUGAUUCUAAUUUUAUUAAUGAAAAUACAAAAACUAAUAAUAUAUCAUUAAAAUCAAUAAUGGCUACAAUUCAUAUUUCAACACCAAAUAUGAUAAGAGUUGAUAAAAUAAAUAAUCCUCAAGUAAUGCUUGGUCAUCAAUCUUAUUAUAAUAAUCGAAAUAACUAUCAAUUGUCAUCAAAUUAUUUUCAAAAUAAAUAUAAACAAUAUUUAAAACCAACAUUAUUAUUACCUAAACAAUACUAUAAUGACAUAGUGCAUAAACGCAAUCAUAAACAUUGCAUAUCUACUCCCAAACAAGAGUCAAGUUCAUCUUCAUCUGGAUCAAUACUACCGAUUCCUGAUUUGACAUAUGCAACUCGUAUAUAUUCACCAUUUAACUACACGGCUCCUAAAACGGUAACUUCAUUAAAUGAUCCGAUGUCUAUUUUGUUGUUUAAUAAUCGACCAAAUGUUUUGUGUAAAAUAAAAUCCUUGUCAAAUGACGACUCUUAUGAAUCUUCAUGUUCUGUAAUACGUCGACUACCAUCAUCAUCGUCAUCAAUGUUAACCUGGAAUCAAUGUGUCCGUCGUCUCAAUGCAGAAUAUAAAUCAACAAUAAUUGCUCUUCAACAAGCAAAAAAAUAUUUAGAACAGAUCGAUUCAAAUCCAACAAAAUCAAUUUCCAAAUAUACUAAUUUAGUGGCACGUGCUACUAAAACUUUAUCAAACAAUGAAAGAAAAAAAACAGCAAAUGUUACAUUUUGUUUGCCUGCAUUAUCAGCAUUAUCAAUGACUGAACAGUUUUCUUUUCAUUCAACUUCAACAAAAAAGAUAAAACCAAAUAAAAUUUUACCGUCUAUUAUUUUUUCCAAACCAAAAUUAAUCAAACCUGUUCAAUUAGAUUCAUUUUCUCCAUCAUUGCAAUUCGAAUCUAUGUCAUCUACUGAUGAAAACCAUGAAAAAUUAGAUUCUAUUGAAAAAAUUAUUAGAAAAUUGAAUGAUCUUAAUAAUUCUUUAGAAUCAAUUAAAAUGGAAUCUUCAACUUUAAUUGAUCGUGAUUUAAAAGAAACUUCUGUUCAAUCUAUAAUAACAUCAUCACCUGAAUUAGUUUUAAUAAAUAAAAAGCAUCCAUCAGAAAAUUCUCUAUAUGAAGAAGAAAUAACAUAUACAAUAGAAACAUUUUAUAAAAGUACAGAUAACAGUGAAAAUGGUUCAUCAUCAGAUUGCCAACAAGUUGUUAUCAUUCAAGAAAAAACAAGUGAAGAACAAUUUAAUUUAGCACAAGAAAAACAGCAUCAACAAAUGCAAACAAACGAUAACUUUUCUGAACGUGAAUUAAAAAGUCAUGAAUCGAAAUCGAAACUUAUAUCAGACUACGAUUCACUGACAAAUUCAGAACGAACUGACAAUCUUCGUGCAAAUGAGAAAUUACCAGAAAAUUUAAUUGAAAGCGCAACUACUCUUAUCAAUAGUAGUAGCAGUAGUACUACUACAUCGUUGAAAAACAAAAAUAAAUCAAUAUCACAAAUAUCAAAGCGUUCACUAGCAACGAAAACGAAUGACGCUCAUUUAUUACAAACUCCAAAAACUGUUUCAUCGAAUAAAUUAAACCUAUCGUCUGGAACAAUUACCAAUAAUGCAAUUAUACCAAUACGAAACACAAUAAAAAUGACCAAUAGCAAAGCUCAAUCACAGUCAUCGUCCAAUACAAAAAAACAACCGUUGAACAAAAGCAGUUAUCUAAAUGAGUUUCAGCAUCAAACAAAUCCGUCGACAUUAUCAACGCGUAAAAAUCAUGUCAAAUCAAUAGUACAUCAAUUAAAUGCGAAUGCAUCGUCUCAUAUUAUUGUUUCUUCAUUAAAAACCAAUAAACGAACAUAUCCUUCGGUUUCUAUUCAUCCAACAAUAUCUACCGUUAAAACUACAAUACAACGAAAAUAA